CUCCGUCAACCCCUCUUCGUACGCACUUGGUUCCAAAACCUCCUACUUGACUUCCAACAGUCCUUGCAACGAUCAUUACCUAUUAUAUCUUAUAUUUAAACCAAUCCUACUACCCACUGCAACAUAUAUAUUCUGAGAAACUUCAAGAUGCAGUUAUCCAAGAUGUUCCCAGCCUUCGUCGUCCUCCUCAUCCAGAGCAUGAUGACUUCCAAUGUCGAAGCCUUCGGAUGCAAAGACAAUUACCAAGUAUGGGGUUUCCCACAUGCUGGUUGUCUCAAAGUAACCGCUGAUGGCGACCAAGUUACUACAAUUGAUGCGCCUUGGAACGAAGAGCGAUCGACCUAUUACUGCGAUUUGGACAGUGAAUACGAAAGACAGUUAUGUUGUGCCCAUGAUGAGGACAUGGGGCACACAUUUUACCCAGAUAGAUUGAUCAACAACUGCAAACAAAUCGAUGGAUCAGACUUCCAAUGGCCUUUGCUGUCUUACUGGCCCAGUGGUAGCCCGCAAGACCAGCCGAAAAAAAAGACCCCCCCAGGUCUUUAAUGCUUGCUUUCUUUACAAAUUCAAAUACAUUCAUUUCCAUCCAACCGGAUCAACUUUCGAUAUUAUGUUUCCUCAGAUAAAUUCAGGUCGAUUAACAAUCCUAUAUCCCCAAGUCAGACAACAUCUUCAUUUGUAUUUAUGUUUUUUCGCGCUCCCAAUGCCAUCUCACUAAUAGUAAAGGUUACUUCUCAAUGCCUAUGGCAACAAGCUCAUCAAGUAUUUGUGCCCCAAAAAGAUCUAGAUUCUUUGAAGAGUGGCCUCAUUACAAAAUUUGUUCUUGAGGG